ACUCACCCCCUUUUGUAUUGUACAAGUACCAACCACCAACUUCCUAUCAUAUCAUCCACCCCAUUUACCCGCCUUGCACCCAUUCCAAGUGGAAAAUGAAGACAAUCCCGCCGUCCCUCACAAUCGGCCUGGCCACCUUUGCCGGCGUCUGCCACGGGAUGAUCUCGAGGUACGAUACGGACUUCUGGGCCUCCAUCCCUGUCGAGACCUGGAAGCCAGUGUUGGGCGCCCCGUGGCAGAUUGUGCUCUCAAACACCCUCAACCUGUCUGAGACCGUUGUGCCGUCCACCAUCCAGAUCUUCGACAUCGACCUCUUCGACAACACCAACGACGGCAUCGACGACUCCGCCAUCAACACCCUGCACGGCCUCGGCAAGAAGGUCAUUUGCUACUUCAGCGCCGGCACCUUUGAGCCCGAGCGGCCUGAUGCCAGCCGGUUCGAGGCUGCCGACAUGGGCAAGGAGCUCCCCGACUGGCCGGGCGAGAAGUGGCUCAACUUGAACAGCAAGAAUGUCCGGAGCAUCAUGGAUGACCGGAUCGCCCUGGCUGCCCGGAUGGGCUGUGACGCCAUCGACCCCGACAACGUGGACGCCUAUGACAACGACAACGGCCUGGGCCUGAAGGAGGCCGACUCGAUCAGCUUCGUCGAGUAUCUCGCCGCGGAGGCGUACCAGUAUAACAUGGCCAUCGGGCUGAAGAACGCCGGCGCCAUCAUCGACGACGUCCAGGACGUCGUCCACUUCGCGGUUAACGAGCAGUGCGUCGACCAAAAGGAGUGCAAGGUCUACACCAAAUUCCUCGCCUCGUUGAAGCCUGUCUUCCACAUCGAGUACCCGGCCGGCGCCGGCAAGUCCGUGUCCGAGAAAGACCGGAAGCUGAACUGCGAGGGCUCCGAUGUGGGGAUCCCCAACUUCAGCACCGUCCUCAAGACCGAGGACCUGGAUGGCUGGACUGAGUACUGCGAUGGGACUGUUGUCACCACCGCGGUGGAGCGCUAGAACUGGUAGUCACAUGAAAUUACGAAUUAUGUAUUUUGGGAGCUUGUGUGAAUGCAUAUUUAUGUAUUCAAUUCCGUGUCCAUGUGCCGCAGUAGCUCUCCUGCCAAGUGUAUGAUCGACGUUAAG